AAUAGCAUACGUUUUAUACACGUUUGCAGAUUCGUCACAAAGUCUGAAUGUAGUUUCCUGAGCCCUUCGUUUUCUUUUCCAGAGUUGAAGUUGAGGGGAGACAGAGAGAGAGAGAGAGAGAGAGAGAGAGAGAGAGAGAGAGAGAGAGAGGGGGAGGAGGGGCAGAGGGAAAGAGGAGGAGGGUCAGCUCUGAAAGAACUCUAACAACUCUCAAAAGUUGCUGGCAGCUGAGCUGUAAAUGGGAUCACCUACCUUCAAUGCCCCUCCAUGAUUUUUCAACACUGUAAGGAGCUGGAAUAGGCCUACUGUGAAGAUGCCAUUGCCACGUUUGCCACAUAUGCCAAGAAUGCCAUAUUGGCUAACUUUGUCAAAUUUCCCUAAUCUGCCAAGUCCUCGAACACUGUUGUUGGAUUGCUGCACAGUUUUGGAUCACCAGGUUGGUGGUGGUAUUUGUGGAUGUUGUGGGGCCCUGCGACCCCGGUACAAAAGACUUGUGGACAACAUCUUCCCUGAGGAUCCAGAGGACGGCCUGGUGAAAGCCAACAUGGAGAAGCUGACAUUUUACGCCCUUUCUGCUCCGGAAAAACUUGACCGCAUCGGCGCGUACCUGUCAGAGCGCCUCUCUCGAGACGUGGCCCGCCACAGAUAUGGGUAUGUGUGCAUUGCCAUGGAGGCUCUGGACCAGCUGCUGAUGGCGUGCCACUGCCAGAGCAUCAACCUUUUUGUGGAGAGCUUCCUCACCAUGGUGCGCAAACUCCUGGAGGCCGACAAGCCCAAUCUGCAGAUCCUGGGGACAAACUCAUUUGUGAAGUUCGCCAACAUCGAGGAAGACACACCCUCCUACCACCGCAGCUAUGACUUCUUUGUCUCGCGCUUCAGCGAGAUGUGUCACUCCAGCUACGAAGAUCCCGACAUCCGCAUCAAGAUCCGCAUGGCGGGCAUCCGAGGUCUGCAGGGGGUGGUGAGGAAGACGGUCAAUGACGAGCUGCAGGCCAACAUCUGGGACCCGCAGCACAUGGACAAGAUCGUCCCCUCUCUGCUCUACAACCUGCAGUACCAGGCCAUUGAGAGCCAGUCCCCCUCUCCGGACGCAGAGAAGGAUAAGGAGUGUCCUGCGGAGCUGACCGAGCGCUGCUUCAGGGAGCUGCUGGGCCGUGCUGCUUACGGGAACAUCAAGAACGCCGUCAAGCCCGUCCUCAUGCAUCUGGAUAACCAUUCUCUAUGGGAGGAAAAAACGUUUGCAGUGCGCUGUUUCAAGAUCAUCAUGUACUCCAUUCAGUCCCAGCAUUCUCACCUGGUGAUACAACAGCUGCUUGGCCACCUGGAUGCGAACAGUAAAAGCUCGGCCAAAGUGCGUGCUGGGAUAGUGGAGGUGCUCUCUGAGGCUGCCGUGAUUGAAGCCAGUGGCUCCGUAGGGCCCACAGUGCUGGAGGUGUUCAACACCCUGCUGAAGCAGCUGCGCCUCAGUGUGGACUAUGAGCUCACAGGCGCCUACGACUACAGCAACAUCGGCACUAAGAUCAUCAAAGAGCAUGAGGAGAGACAGUUACAGGAAUCUGUCAUCAAGACUAUCGGCUCAUUUGCCAGCACGCUCCCGACCUACCAGCGCUCGGAGGUGAUGCUGUUCAUCAUGGGGAAGAUCCCGGUGCCCGGCAUGUACCCAGCCCUGGGCUCGGCCAACACAGGGUUUGAGGGCAGUCGCAUGAUUCAAGUCAUGCUGCUCAAGUCACUUGUUCAGGUGACCGUGGGCUUCCAGACCACCAACAUGCUGACGGCCCUGCCCACGUCCUUCCUGGACCCACUGCUCUCCUUCACGCUGAUGGAAGACGCAGAGGUCCGUCUGCUGGUCCUGGACAUUCUCAUCAGCCUCAUUGAUCGCCAUGACAACCGUCUCAAGUUCUCCCCCAUUAGUAUAAUCAGAGAUAUCUCAGUGUUGAAACUGAAGUUGGACAAAUGCUCCCGUCAGGACAAUCUCUUCAUGAAAAAGAAUGCCCAGAGGCUCUACCGCCACAUCUACCUGGUGUGCAAGGAGGAGAACAGCGCCCAGCACCACUUUGAGUCGCUCUUCUCCCUGCUGGCUCUCCUCUCUGUGGAGCUGGCCAACGAGGAGGUGGUGGUGGACCUCAUCCGCCUGGCUCUGGCUCUGCAGGACUUGGCAGGCGAGGAGGCACUUCCUGUGUAUAAUCGCUGUGCCAUUCAUGCCCUCUCGGCUGCCUACCUGAACCUCAUCGGCCAGCUGACCACCGUGCCCACCUUUUGCCAGCACGUACACGAGGUGAUUGAAGCUCGACAGAAGGAGGUCCCUUACUUACUGCCAGAGGAUGUAUUCCUGGAUAAACCAAGACUGCCAGAGAGCCUGUCGAAGCCUGGAGGAGACGUUGUCUUCCUGCAGUCCAAAAUAGCCGAGACGCUGGGCGGGAGCGGCUACAACACAGAGAGGCUGGCCACUCCUUACAUUCCACAGAUAACAGAUGAGGACAGGCUGUCAAAAAGGAAGAGCAUCGGGGACACCAUCUCUCUCCAGCUGGAGAUGGAUUCCAGACACAGCCCAGAGAGAGAGCCGAAAACUCCAACUGAACAGAUCACCUUUGAAACACUGAAGCAAGCUAUUGUGGACAGCGUGACUAUGGAGGAGCAGGAGAGGGAGCGCAGGAGGCUGGUGGUGGAGCGCUUCCAGACGGCGCCCUUUGAGGAGAUCGCUGCACACUGUGGUGCACGGGCCUCACUGCUGCAGAGUAAACUCAACCAGAUCUUUGAAAUCACAAUCAGGCCACCCCCGAGCCCCUCAGGAACGGUCUCUACUGCACACGGACAGAGCCGCUCCAUACCCGUCUACGAGAUGAAGUUCCCCGACCUCUGCGUCUACUGAGAGAACCAUAUGUCUGUGAAGCCCAUUGUUAUGUUUGUUUGUUUGUGUUGCAUCUGUCACCUACAUCAGAAUAAGAGGAUAAUGAGUGUGCAGGUGUCAUCAUGGAAACAUUUGAGGGAAGAAGAUUGAUGAUGAUGGAUGAUGGAUGAUGGAUGAUGACGACAACAAAAAUGGAUUUACGUGGGAAUUAUACAACAACCCUUCAAAAGAAGUUAUAUAUAUAUGAAUCACUUAGAUGCAUUGAACAAGCCACUAAUCAGUUAGGAGCUUGUUGUUUUCUUCUUGUUUGUUGGGGUGCAAUCAUGUUAGUUGUUCAGGGUCAGUGCAGAGUGCAAACUCAUGUCUACCUUAAAAAAAGGCACUGAAGUAGCCGAAUGUAUUCAAUGCUACACACUGUAGCCUCCCUUUGGAAUGUCUGUUUGUGCAUUGCUUUUGUUUGUAAGGUGCAAGAAUAAUUGUAUGGAUAUCCAUAUAUGUAAGAUACUCGGUGGAAGCUAUUAAUUGGCAUACUUGUACAAAAAGUGAAGACUGCCUUAAACGUCGACGUUCAACUUUUGUCAAAGAAUGUAAGAAUGAUGAAGAAGAGUCAUCACGUGUGUUCUCUGUGUAGUCUCUCAUCAAGGCAACUGUUUUACCACAGAUUCCUAGUAGGGACAUGUGCAAGUGUAGUACAGUACAUAUCUUGUAGUGCAUGUGUGUGUCUAGUAUAUGUGGCGUGUCAAUAUGCUGCAAUAAUUUUGUACCGAGAAGCAAUAAUCCCUGAAAGGAAUUAGCUCAAAGCCAUUGGAACAGACACAGACACUGGCAAGGUUAUUUCUGGAAAGCUUCAGAGAAAGCUCAAGAGGUCAUUGGUAUGCCUUUACAGGGUUAGAUUUUAAGAUGAUUCAUUUGAAUAAGUUUAUUCAAUUACAUUUUGAUGUUAUUGUAAGAAACGUGGAAUUCUUUUUGUCAGUGAAAUACUAUAUUUGUCAUCGGCAUUAAGUGAUUGCUAUACUCUGAUAUAUACAUCAACAAUAUUCCAUCUCAUGCUUCUUAUAAUUCACACUCAGACACUAUAUUUCAUCUCAAGAGUGGGAAAGCAUAACAUCUCAGUGGGAGUGGAUUUCAGCUAGGCAAAGAUAUUUCUCUCAUGUGAACGGCGAUGAACAUGAUGAUUGUGAUGACAGAAUGUGUCUCAUCUAUCUGCCAUUUAGUUUAAGGUGAUUUGAGCUUUAAGUGGUCGUUAGCUCGGGGAGAUGCUUGGAGUGGAUUGUGUGAAGCUGCAGCAAGGACACAGUGUAUGAUACCACUGCCUCUUGUUUUCUAGAGGUAGCCUGUUGGUCUUGCAAAAUAUGAAGUGAUCAUUCAAACGAUUAAACUAAAUCGUUGCUCUCAGUCCUUUUGCAUCGUCUGAAAAUGUCGUACCUCAUAUUUAACCUCAUGUUUGUGUUGUACUGUUGUGUUCCAUGCUACUUACUUGGAUUGCCUGUCUCAUCUUUGUUGUGUGCUGUCGUGAGCUUAUUUUUAGAUGGUAUUAUUUCUUUUGUUUGUUUGCUGCUCCUACCCCAGCUGUUGUUGACUGAUAUGCACUUUCCUCUUGUUUGUACUACGUGUGUUCCAUGUCUCUCAGUGAGAUCUAUGCGUUUUGCAUGAUGUCGUUCUGUAAAGUCUGAUAUGCUGUAGUGUUAAUGCUCUCAUAGCUGCCUUUCACAAGCCUGUCUCGCUUUGGUCCUAACCUCAUCAUUAGUCUCUUUUGUUUCCACCCUGCUGCUAAAGAAACUGCUAUUUUUUUUAAGAAGAGAAGAUCUCUUAACAGAACACAACUCUCUCUCUCUCUCUUUUUCUCUCUCCAGUUUUGUUUGCUGGGAGUAUGGUGAAGAUUGUGCAAUUGUGCAAUGGUUUUGAUGAAGAAAACAUAUUUGUGAUAUGAACUUUUACAUGUUUUGAAGUAUGUGGCAGACUUCGUCCUUUGAGUUGCUGCAUGUUUUCACUGUGCACAAACCAUUAAGCAUUCUUGUGUGUGUGUGUGUUUGUCCGACAGGUACUCAGAAAAGAGCACUGUUUAAGGCAUUUUCAUCUCAAAAUUGACUUUGUAUAAAUGUUUAAUCCUUUGAAGUGCUAAAUCAGUGAUGUAAAUAUGUUGUAUGGAAAUGGUGCAAAGAUUAUAUGUGAAUAUAAAAUAAAUAAGUAAGAUAUAAUUUUA